AUUAACGUUAGUCUAUAUUUUAUAUUUUUCCAAUGUUCCUAAUCACGCUUAUUACCAAAAAAUACCCAUUGACUGCGAAAUUGUUUUCAAAUAAUAUUUCUUUUUCUUAGUUAAGAAAAAAAUACCCUAGGUUUUUGUCGCUUCACGUGUCGUAACCACCAUGUUGUGAGACAGUGACUCUUUGUUUACCAACAGUGAUGGCUUCCUACUCCGACAGUGAAGAUGUGGACGAUCAAGAUUGGGAUGAGUUCGAGGAUGCGGUCAACGACAUUGACUUUCCUACACCCCAGGGUGACAUGACUUUAGAACGUGCCGUUGAUGAAAGUCAAAAGGCGAUAAACUAUUUUUUUAACAAUCAAUUCCUGGAGGCGAAAAACUUGAUGGAACCUUAUGCUGCUACCAGCAUUUAUCAUUCCCUUGGACAUUCAGUAUUUCUUUUUCUUGAGGCUAUUUUGACUUUUGAACACAAAUCGAUAGUAAAUGCUUCCACGGCUUUAAAACAUGCGAUUCGAGUGUGUAAUAAGCAAAGAAGGAAGAACACUUUUGGGGAGUCUUUGGGGAAAAUGGUGAAACGAAAUAAUUUUGAUCAAUAUACGGAGGAGGAAGCUCAUGCCGAGCUCUGCCACGCUGAGUGUCUUCUACUUAAGUCAAUGUUGACUUUCAUGGAAGACGAAACGUUGAGCAGUUUUAUUAAAGCAGGAAUUAAAAUUCGGUCAUGCUACAAUUCUUACAAGGAUUGCCAACAGAUUUUAUUGAAAAGUCAAUGGGAAAAGAGCUCUUCGAAAGUACAUUUUGAAAGUGGGGUUAAAAUGGGCAUAGGCACUUUUAAUCUUAUGAUAUCUCUGUUACCAUCGCGAGUAAUCAAAUUAUUAGAAUUUAUAGGAUUUUCCGGGAACAAACAAUUAGGUCUUAACGACCUCGUCGAAGGGUACAAAACCGAUGGUCUUCGCCAGAUUUUAUGUUUAAUGACACUCCUUGGGUACAAUUUAAUCGUCCUCUAUGUUUUAAGUCAUCAAGAAGGUGAUAUUAAAUUAAGUGAAGAAAUACUAAACAAACAACUGAAAAAGCACCCGCAAGGAGUUUGGUUUUUGUUUUUUAAAGGCCGAUUAGAAUUUAUGAAAGGUGAUCUUGAGUCCAGUAUAGACUGGUACAAAAAAUCAUGGAAAUCACAGAGUUUAUGGCCUCAGUUCCAUCAUGUGUGUUUCUGGGAACUGUUGUGGGUUUAUUGUUUGAAAGGAGACUGGAAAGAAGCACUAACUUAUUGCACAUCUCUUCUCGAAGGUAGCCGCUGGUCAAGAACCAUUUACAGCUAUCAAAAAGCCGCACUUUUGUGUAUGAUGAAAGAGGAGCUUUCAUCUACAGAUAUUGUUGUGAUAGACAAUUUAAUGAAGGAUGUUCCUAAAUAUAAACAAAGAAUUGCCGGAAAAUCAUUGCCAUUAGAAAAAUUUGCCGUAAAAAAAUCAGAACGUUACUUCGAACAGGGUCACAACCUAAUCUUGCCAGUAAUAGAAUUAAUGUAUGUGUGGAAUUUGUUCAAAGCGAUGAAAAAUUUCAACGUUGCUAAUAACAUAUUCAAAAUUAUUGACAAAGCUCUAAAAUCUUUGAAUUCAAAGACACAGACGUCAAAAUAUGAUACUGACAAUAGAGCACUAAUUUUGCUACUCCAAGGGGCGUGUUUGCGUCAAAUGAAAAGUCCUUUGCAGGCUUUGACAUGUUUGGAAACUGUGAUUUCGUUACAGAAGGAUAUUGUCGAAGAUCACUACUUAGUGCCGUAUGCUAUAGUCGAACUGGCACUCAUUGAAUGGGAAGAGGGUAACAAAGAGAAGGCAAUUCUGGCUCUCGAGGAUGCAAAGAAAAACUAUUCGGGCUAUUCAUUGGAGUCGAGGCUGCACUUCCGGAUCCACACCGCUCUAACUGAAUACAAAGCGGAAAUGAAGAAUACAAAAAACUAAAAAUUUUAACCUAAUAACAUGAUAUUGUUGCAUUUGAAUGACAGUUGUGUUCCUGAAUUAGCACCCAUAACAACAUACCAUUUUGUAUAGUCCUAGCACUGUGUAUACCAAUAUUUAUAAGAAAGGCUGUGUUGUUAUACUACUGUUUUGUGUUGUUUAUUUCUAAAUAAAUUUGCAUUUAAUUUGUUGAUA